AUGGUGUGGAUCGGGUUCUUGGUCCUAAAGCUAAUUGUAUCUCCCUUGAGGAUUCUGCAUGUCGUUGCUUUGGUUUCUUGGUUUCCAAGAGGAAGAACAAGUGGGAAGGAGAUCAAUGCAUUGGCUCAGCAUAUACAGAAUUUGCUUAAACCAUCUACGCCAUUUUUCUUCAACACCCUUUAUAAUCUGUUUAGAGAAGGUGUUGAUUUUGUGAGACGGUAUCCUUUUAGCUUGAGAGGAGGUGUGCCUGCUGCUAUAUCUCAUGGACUUUGGCUUAACAUUCCUGAUUAUGAUGCUCCAACUCAGCUUGUCAAGCCUCUUGAACGUAACACCAGGUAUGUGGAUGCUGUUUUGACAAUCCCAAAAGGCACACUAUUCCCAACGUGUGGAAUGAACCUUGCCUUUGACAGGGAAUUGAUUGGCCCUGCAAUCUACUUUGGACCCAUGGGUGAUGGUCAACCCAUUGGGAGAUAUGAUGAUGUGUGGGCUGGCUGGUGUGCCAAGGAAGACAUCAUCCCAUUCUUUGAAUCUGUUGUCCUGCCAAAAGAGUGCAGAACCGUGCAGCAAUGCUACCAUGAGCUUUCCAAACUGGUCAAGGAAAAACUUGGUCUUGUUGAUCCCUGCUUUCAAAAACUUGGUGAUGCCAUGGUUACAUGGAUCGAAGCCUGGGACGAGCACAACUCACCAGCACAAGAAGCUGCAGCUCCCGUCACUGGCGUUGAGAAAAGCUGA